CCGAGCAAGUGAGAUGCCGCAAAGGUUUCUGGGGAAUGUAGAGGGAGCCAUAUUUUUCCAAUAUCAGUUACGCGAAAACAGCGUACGUUUUAACAAUUACGGGAUGUGUAGUGUAUUAGUAUAUAUUCAUUUGCUGUCAGUAACGGAGCCAUUUUUGUGAACAGAAAAAAAAGUGUAUGUGAUAGGUGAAUUUGAAACAAGUUAGUGAUAUCAUAUGGAAAUCUUGUUGCAAUCAAAUUUGAAGUCGAUGAUAAUAAUUGUCCAUCUUGACAUAGUCUGAAAGUGAACUCUAAAAGAGGAAGAGUGUGCGCGAGCCGCGCAGAUGUUCAAGUCGACGACGAGGGUUAGUUAGCUUAACCCAAGUUCAUACGGUGGUUGUUCUAGCACGGGGCAACAACGGUGGUUAGUGGUGGUGGUAGUGUUGACAGUGCUUUUUUGAAAAAAAAAGUGGUGUUGGUGCUGAUAGCAGUGGUCGCGUAGUGAUGAUGGUGCUGCUGCCGUUGUGACACACACGUCAUAACAUUUAAACUCCCAUUUUUUAUAUAGAGAGAAAAAAAAGUAAUAGAAUAGCGUCCGAUUUUAGUUUCGUGUUUCACGGUCCAUAUGUCCUUUAUGGAACUUGAUUUUUAUUCAGGUCGCGAAGAUUGACUCCCCAUUCUUCAUUGUGGAAAAUAACCAAAAAAUUUUUCAAGAAUUUGUGAAAUCAAAAGAACUUUGUGUGUUAGUUACGAAUUUAGGAAAGAUAUCUUUUUUGGAGUACGGUUUCUUUUUUUGUCAAUUUGGAAUGCGACGGAUGUGAGAACCAAGAUCUUCCGACGGCGAUAUUGGAAUUUGAAAUUUAAAGUGGUUUUUUUUUUUUAUAUAUGAGUGCGUGUGGUGUGUACCAGUCGGUAAAUUGAGAUUAAGUGUUAGUGUUUCGAAUUUUUUAUCGCGUGUGAUGUCAAUGGGAUUCGCGGUUCGCGCUACAGAUCGUACAUAUGCAUCUAAUGCACAGUGCUGGUCGUUACACCUUAGAGGAUGCCGCAGGUGCUAGAAGAGUAUCGGGGGCGUGCGCUGUGUGUUCCAGUGAUGUCGGUGGCGUGGAGCCCAGCACUGCUGGACCUGGAUCAUGGCCGGCAAGCCUGAACAGCCUCCUUAUUCAGUUCCCCCAAAUCAGAGUGAACGGCAUCCCCAGCAGCCGCCGCCUCAGGGUGUUCAAGAGAAUAGCGUUUUAGUUUACGUAUCGGGGGAUAAUUUGGCCUACGCAAGUGCUGUUGGUCAGAAUGUUGUUGCCAGUGCUGGUACAGGCUACCAGCAUCAACACCCUCACCCACAGCAGCAGCAACAACAACAACAACAACAACAACAGCAGCAAUCGCAUCAUCAACAAGGACCCUACGUCACUGGUUUGCUGCCCCAAGUGGCUUGCGGCGGAUAUCCCACGAAGGCGACGACGCACGCAAUUGACGUCGUGGGUACAAAUUGCUGUCGGGGACAAUUCCUGAAGACCUCCGAGUAUGUAAACUCAGAGGUUGGAAAUCAACAGCUCGAUUGCCAACAGGAACGAACGUUGGUAUGGGGAAAUGGCCCAAGAUACGGAGCUGGAGAAGGUGCCGCAUUGUACAAUGCUUGUCCUCAAGAACGAUCCGUCGUUUGGGGAAAUGUUCCGCGAUACGGAAACGAAGCGACAGUCGCAACAGGUCUAAACGGCAUCGCUCAGGAACACGGGUUUCAAGGGAAAAUGAUACCUUCGGCAGUUCUCGAUGAUGGGACCAAUAGUGUCACCUAUCCCGUUCAGGUGUCACGAUUGCCCGAGGCUUAUGUCACCAAUAAAAGAAUUGCAUUUUCAUCAAAUCCAAAUGAAUCGAGUGUUGAUGGUUGCGAUGGUGUUUACAGUGGUGAUAAUAAUGUGAGAAUUGCAUUUGUGCGACAACAAGGUAUCUAUUCUGCUGAUGGAGAUGAACUUCAACUGCAGAAUAAUGAAAGGAGUAAUCAUCGUGUUCAGGGACAUGAAUCGAUUGAUAAGCAAUUGAGUUUUGGUUCAAAUUGUAUAAAUAGUGUUGGACGUUGUGAUUCAGUUCGAUCGGAUACGGCUGAAUCAACUUGCAGCAGUUUAAGCAGCCAAGAGAGCCAAAGUCAAUUGCACGAUCCCAAUAACGUUGUGACAAAUAGUGUUUACGCGCAGCAGGCUGUGCGAUCAGCUUCGCAAUUAUAUCCCCAUCUUAAUGUUAUGGCACUGAAUAAUAUGAACUCUAGUGCACCGCCGCAACGACAACAGAGACAACAACAACAACAGCAGCAGCAGCAACAACAACAGCAACCACAGCUUACGCAACAUCAAUCAGCGGUCUCCAUACCUCCCGGGUGGAAAAGGAUUUGCACUAAUGGAGUCAUCAUAUAUAUCAGGUUAGUGAUUAUGUUUAUAUUUAACAGGCACUCAUUGGAAAUAAUAUAGACCUAAAAAGAACAGCGGAAUUCUGCAAAAGAAGCGAAAAUCGUAACCGGUCACGGAGACUUACGCUAUCAUAAUAGACAUAAAAUGGGUAUUGCUUAUGAGCUUAUAAAGAGGUUGUUUAUUAUAUUUUUUUCUGGCUCUAAGUUAGAGAUUUGUCGAGAACUCAGUUGACCUUGAAGUUUAUAAAAAGGUAGUUUAUAAAGUGGUUAAAUUCUUACUUAAAUUCGAGUCUGCGCAGAAUAUUUAUAAAUUCUUUCGUUGAUGAUUCUGUUUACAAAUGUUCUGCGCCGACUCGAAUUUAAUAUAGA